CGACAAAAGUGCCCUGGGAUGGAGAGGGCUAAAUGCUGGUUGUCGGCGCAAUACAGCCGCCACUUGCUUAACCCAUGAGGUAUGAAACAUGAAGUCGUGUACUUAGUAGUCAUGUGCCAUAGGGCCGCGGUAGGCCGCGCUGAUGCAUGUACUAUCAAAGAAACGUGUAUAGGUUCUCUAGUAUCUCACCGUGUCCGCCUCACGGGCCACCCCCCCCAAACGCCGAAUGCCGAGGUUAUACAUAUGCUUGCACACAGUGACUCUUCGCGCAUGAUCUGUAUCAGGGUGCUUUGUGCGUAUGUAAUUAUCAUAUGCGCAAGUCCAGAGUUGCCCCCUGCUGCAACCUGUCGCAAGGCGUUCGCAACUCUCCGCAAAUGGAUGGAUGAACCGCCGUCCACAGAGCAUCAUGCGUUCAUGCUUCCAUGUGCAUCUUCGCAUGAGAGCUCCUGCCAAGAAUUCCACGUUGUACAUGUUCUUGCAAAGCCCCGUUCAAGAGUCGGGCUUACAGGUCACGUCACGUACAACUAACACAUCAGCUUCCGCGGUUGGCUGCCACACCGGAUAGGUUUUGCGUGGUGAGGCUUUGACGGUACUUUGGAAAAGGCUUGGGCCCCGUUCCGCUCCAACUUUCGGCGCCUGCUCACGGUGCCCACCACAGCAACCCUGAUUUUUGGCUUCACCGCCUUGCCGACAUUCCCACUACGUUGGAACGUGGACGCUCAUUGCUGCCAUGGCGGGGGCCUAUAGGCUGCAUUGAUCAACUUUCACAGAGUCUCCAUUUGGAUUCAGGUGCAACUUUGAGCUGAAAAAGGGUUAUGUGCCUCAUUUAGUUACUGCGUUCGACUC